AAACUCUGCAGCAAUAAUAUAAUUCUCGAUUUCCCACUAGAAAAAGCCUUUAACUUGGAAAACCGAUUGCAAAAAUCGUAGCUAUGGCAUCAAUGGCAGGGCUGUGUGGUUGCUCUCAGGCUGUGUUGGAGGGUAGCCUUCAAAUCAGUGGCUGUAGCCGCUUGAGUGUAGCCGGCAGCAGCAGGGCCUCCGUCCCCCGCUCUGGGUUGAGUAUCAGGGCCCAGCAAGUGGCUGCAGAGCCAGAGACCAGCCGUAGGGCCGUUCUCUGCCUGGUCGCCGCCGGUCUCGCCUCCGGCUCUUUUGUUCAAGCCGUUCUUGCUGAAGCUAAGCCCAUCAAGGUCGGCCCCCCGCCCCCUCCUUCCGGCGGACUCCCUGGGACUCUUAACUCGGAUGAGCCAAGAGACCUGGACCUGCCACUGAAAGACAGGUUCUUUCUGCAGCCACAAAGUCCAGAGUUGGCGGUGGCAAGGGCGAAGGAGUCAGCCAAGGACAUCAUUAAUGUAAAGGGGUCGAUAGACAAGAAGGCUUGGCCGUUCGUUCGAGACGACCUCCGUCUCAGGGCGGGGUAUCUCCGGUAUGAUCUCAAGACAAUCAUUUCUGCCAAGCCCAAGGGAGAGAAGGAAGAACUUAAGAGCCUCACGGGAAAGCUCUUCCAAGACAUCAACAAGUUGGACUAUGCAGCAAAGAUUAAGAGCAGCUCAGAAGCAGAGAAGUAUUAUGCUCAGACCGUGUCUACCCUCAACGAUGUCCUGGCCAAGCUCGGUUAGAAGGAGGAGCGUUUUCUGUUACUGUGAUGUAAGAUUAUUUGUGAAGAUCAUAUGCGAGACCCUCCAGUUUGAACCAAUGUUAUAAUCAACGGAAAUUUGGUUUCAACCCUCAA